GUGUAUGGCCAAUAAUCUUCAGAUGGUCAAAGAUAAUGGCAGCCCUUCGACUUUGUCAAUUAGAAAAUUAUCUUCAACAGCUAGAGGUUUUUGAAAAGCCAAAAGUUUUACUUGAACAGUAUGCCACUAGUGCACAUAUCGCGUCGCACAUGUUGUAUACUGCACAGUCACAGUUCAAUGAUAUAGAAGAUAGAAAUAUAGCAGAUUUAGGUUCUGGAUGUGGCGUUUUGGCAUUGGGUGCAAAAAUGCUUGGUGCCGGGUAUGUAGUUGGAUUUGAAAUAGACUCAGAUGCGACUGGUAUACACAAUGGCAAUUGCAAAGACAUAGAACUCUUUGUGGAAAUUGUGCAAUGUGACAUAUUACAAUAUUUACCAGGAAAGUUCGAAAAAUACUUUGACACAGUUAUAAUGAACCCACCGUUUGGUACUAAGAAGAACGCCGGCAUCGACAUGAAAUUUUUAGAAAUGGCAAUUCGACUUUCGACCAAUGUAGUUUACUCGCUGCACAAGAGCAGCACGCGUGAUUACGUUCUUUCGAAAGCUGCACAGCUCGGUGCGAAAGGGACAGUAGUGGCUGAGCUUCGAUACGAUCUACCGAGAGCCUACAAAUUUCACAAGAGAACCUCCGUCGAUAUUGAGGUGGAUUUUAUACGAUUCGAAUUAAAUCAUUAAUCCGAGCAAACAAGUCGAACGCCAGCUUGAUCUACUCGAAUUUAAUGCCCUGGGCUAAAGGUAGUUCAUUUCCGUGAUUAAUUGUGAUCGUCGCGCGUCGCAUGUAAUGCUUCCAUGCGUCGCUUCCGCUCUCCCGACCACCGCCCGUGGCUUUCUCACCGCCAAAUGCACCACCUAUCUCGGCGCCGCUAGUGCCGAUGUUAACGUUGACUAUUCCGCAGUCCGAUCCAUGAGGGCCGAUCCACUGUGCGAUACGAACGUAAAGAGACUACUGCUCAAUCCUUGCUCCACGCCGUUGUUGAGAUUGAUGGCUUCCUCCAGAGAAUUAGCCUCCAGAAUGUAGACAAUCGGAGCGAAGGUUUCCUGCUGUACUACCUCGGUAUCGGCUCGUAGACCCGAGAUUAUCGUCGGCUCCACCUGUUCCGACACACGAGAAGACUGCCGCUCUCACUGCCAUCUCCAAGUCGGCAUCUUCCGCAACUGUCGGCGAAGGAUAAACGUACAUGUGACACGCGAGCAACAUAAAGAAUUCUUUUGUAAUGGCAAUACAUACCGAUUAACGCAUUGUUACCACCAAGUUCCAGCAAGGAUCUCCCGAAUCGUUGCUGAACUUUAACGGCCACUUGUCUCCCCACAUUCGUGCUUCCGGUAAAUGAAACUAGAGUCUCCCCGACGUCCGGUCCACCCGAUACCAAAGAUGCGACAGAACCUGGGAUACCAUUACGCUCCAAGACAGCCGAGAUUAUCUUCGUAGUCGCAAUGGCUA